GAAAUUGACAUUAACUGUUUUGUUUUCAUUUUCCUCUAAAUUUUUAAUUUAAUUGUCCUGUUUUCGUGAAAAUUUAAUGUUUUACUCGCAAUUAAUUGUCAUUUUCAUCUUUAACCUCUUCAAUCUUUUAAAUUGCGGUUUCUAUUUCUGUCCACAGUGGUUUGAUUUACUGUUAAAAUGUAUGGAUAUUUAACUAAACCGGGGAUAACAUUCAAUGAUACAAAGACAAGUGAUCUAAGUAAAUUGUCAAUAAUUGAACUCAAAGAUAUCUUGGAAAGACAGGAUAAGCUUUUGAGUAACGGAAAAUUCAUCAACUCUCUUCCGGAUAAAGGAAAGAAAAUCAAAGAUUAUCAACAAAAAGUUCUAGAAAAACUGAAAUCAAAGGAGCUCGUUGAACAGACAACCUCAAUUCUUGCCAAGCUAAACCUUAACCAAAAGGUUGAUCUUCAACAUCCUAUGGCCUCUGGUUCCGGAAUUGUUACAAAAUCUAAUGUCGAUCCUUAUGCUCAAGUCUUAAGUCAAGCUCUUGAUGAGACAUUACCCAAAUCCAAAGUGACCAAAUUUAUGCCAAAAAAAAGUAAAGAUGAACUUAAAAAGGAAACAAUCAAAUUAACAACACCAGAAUUACUGAAGAUUACCAAGGAUUCCGAAUCAAAUACUCUGGAAUCAACCACAGGUCAAUCAGUUUCGAUGGACAUAAAGCCAAAUGUCUUGCAAACGACUACAAAUCAAUUAAACAAAAGCAGAGCUGAAAAAAUCGUUGAAAAAUACAAAGACACGGGUUUAGUUUAUGGGCCGAGGGAAAUUCAGUUACAAGAAUUGUCAGUCGAUGAAUCGUUGGCCUUAAGUAAAAAUCAAAUCGAAAAAGAAAAACAAGUGAACAUUAUUCGAAGAGUUGAAAGAACAAUCAAAUUCUAUGAGAAUAUUGACCAAGGGGACAUUUCCGAUGAAAGUGACCACCACCACGGGGAAAGCGACGGAGAUGCUGAUGAUGAUGAUAAAGGAACCACAAUUGUUUUCAAAUACAUGAAAUAAGAAUCAACCAAAAACUUUUUAUAUCCCAAAUAUUUAUUUUUUCUUACAAAUUUAUCAAUACAUAUUUUAAAUCAAUGAUUAAUUGUAAUCAUAGAAAUUAUUUCUUUUGGUAAAUAAAUAUACUUAGAUGCUUUAAAU